CAGAGGGGGUCUGUGUUUCUAUGUUUGUGUUUGACCUGGCUCCCCAGAGGGGGUCUGUGUUUCUAUGUUUGUGUUUGACCUGGCUCCCCAGAGGGGGUCUGUGUAAACUCAACAGCUUAUUGCAGUGUGGGGGAGAUGAGCUGAAUCCCUGUUGGGAUGCAUUUCACACUCUUAUCACUUUCAGCUGCAGUUCUGAACAAUGUGAUCUUGGUUAAAUAUGAAAACAAAGUGUUGUAUUACCAUAAAUAGAGUAGUGUUUUAUAGUUUACAAUAAAACGUCUAAACAGUGAAGCAAUAAAAAAUAUAUUAUUUAUCAAUAAUGGGCUAUUUAAGAUUUGUCUCUGCAAAACAAAUGUAUGUCAAACAUUGCUGAAUGUUUUCAAUAUCCCGUUAGCACACUGAGCUAAAGUCUAGGCCUUGGCUCUUGGCACAAACAGGGAAGUUCAAGGUUAUUCAUCAUAGUCUCAUGGUACCAGACCACAACAGAAAGGCUUGACGUCUGCUAUCGUUUGUGUUUCCAAAGGGAAAGCACUUCAGGAUCGAGCAGUCCAAUAACUAAGGCCAGAAUUCAUUCAAAGCGUGUUCUAGACAUAGAUAUAGAACCAUUAUAUAUUAUUGAUGGUUCUAGCACUACACACUGAAAUACCGACAAUGCACCUUUUUAAGUAGUGGUUUCCGACCUUUUUCUGUUACUGUACCACCAACUGCAUUUUGCUGUGCCCAGAGUACCCCUGAAGUACCCCCUCGUGUAUUUUACCAGUCAGCCAAUGGUCUCAUGAGUCUUCUCACCUACCCCCGUGUCCUAGUGCCCCUGGUUGGGAACCGCUGUUUUAAAGGGAUUUUCCCCGGUGUUCGUAGAGAUCGCAUUCAUUCAAGACAAGAGCAAUGCGUUUGUCAGUCAAUCCGCUUUGGAUUGAGGUUUGAAACAGUAUUUUCCUGUUGAUUUCAUUGUUCUCAACUUGUCACUGUGCAAUGUUAGCUACACUAGAACUUACAGCAUAUCGAGGCUAAAUGUGCUUUCUACAGUAGCUUGCUAGCGUUGUCUUUGAGGUGCAUUCGUGCAAAACUCUAGCCAGCUUGCUAGCUAGUGUAAACUCACUUGUCACUCUCAGCAGCCUAUAGAUACACAGCUGUUGAAAAAGCAUUUGUUGUAGUAUGUCUAGCUGGCUUUGUUUUAAGGACUGUUUUUAGAUCAAAACUUUGCCCUUUCUUUCAUGAAAUCUCUGCCUCCAAACAUUCAUUGUGAAUCACAUAAACUGACCUGCUCAACUGGAAUGUAAUUGAAGAGCCACAUUUUAAAAGACACACACACACAUAACCACACACAGACAGAUGCACACCCACACACAUGUACUGAAAUACUUGGUCACACUUCACAGUAGAUUAUCCUAUACCAUUGUAAAAACAUGAGUUAUUAUAACCCUGUUCAGAACUACUGUAUAGGUACACAUUGUUACAUAGUUCCUUUCUUCCAUCCAUUUAUCCGUUCAUCCAUUCAGUCAGUCAGUCAGUCAGUCAGUCAGUCAAAAGUCAGAAACAGCUGGGGAACCUUAUUCUUUCCACUUAGCUGCUGCUCCGUCUCAACUGUGCAUCAGCAUCACCACCACGACUCUUUUCCUCCGCUCUCGUCUCCUUCCACUCUGUCGCUCAGUUGUCGGCAGCAAAGCAGAGGAGGAGAGGAGAUGAGAGGAGAGGGAGAAGGUUCUCAGGUUGGAGGGGGCGAAGCCUGUGGCUCGCUUUCCAGCAGAACUCGUGCGUUUGUACGGCAGAUGACGUGUGCUGGACUUUAAGAUUGCGUUAGGAUCAUGAAUGCCUUCAGCAUUGUGGAGGAGGACUCCAGUUUCUCAGAGGGGCCCCACUUCCAGUAGUGGCUAUCUGUGUGCCGUCUCUCCCGUGGCAGCACACUCCUCUUCUCCCCCCACCCCCUCUUUUGUUCCUUCCCAUCUCACACAUUUCGUGGUGGUGAUGAAUUCUAGCAUAGGUUGAGCUUUUCUGCCCGCAAUGGAUUGUCUUUGCAUUGUCACAACUAAGAACAGGCCGGCAGCGGUGCAGGGGUCCCCACACACUGGCCCGCCCCCGGCAUGCAUGAACCCCGCCUUGAUGAGCACUCCCUGGCAGUAUCGCUAUCAAGAUGAGGACUCUCCACCUGAGCACGGGUUCCCGCGGCUGACCAACGAGGUGCGCGCCCCUGAGCUGGUGCACGUGUCGGAGAAGAACCUCUCGGAGAUUGAGAAUGUGCAUGGCUACGUGUCCCACUCCCAUAUCUCCCCGCUCAAGGCGAGUCCCGCUCCAAUAAUUGUCAACACCGACACUCUGGAGAGCGUACCUUACGUCAACGGGACAGAAAUUGAAUAUGAGUUUGAAGAAAUCACACUAGAGCGGGGGAACUCAGGGUUGGGUUUCAGCAUCGCUGGAGGAACAGAUAACCCCCAUAUCGGUGAUGACCCAGGGAUCUUCAUCACCAAGAUCAUCCCUGGUGGCGCGGCAGCAGAGGAUGGCCGGUUAAGAGUGAAUGACUGCAUCCUGCGGGUGAAUGAUGCCGACGUGUCCGAGGUGUCCCACAGUAAGGCAGUGGAGGCGCUGAAGGUGGCCGGCUCUAUCGUCAGGCUGUACGUUCGCCGGAGGAGACCCAUGCUGGAAACUGUCAUUGAAAUCAAACUCAUCAAAGGACCAAAAGGGCUGGGCUUCAGCAUCGCAGGAGGGGUGGGCAACCAGCACAUCCCGGGGGACAACAGCAUCUUUGUCACUAAGAUCAUAGAUGGAGGUGCAGCACAGAAGGACCAGCGCUUGCAGGUUGGAGACCGGCUGCUUAUGGUGAACAACUACACUCUGGAAGAGGUCUCCCACGAGGAGGCUGUAGCCAUACUGAAGAACACGUCUGACGUUGUGUACCUGAAGGUGGGCAAGCCCACCAGUGUUUACUUAUCAGAUCCCUAUGGGCCACCUGAUAUCACGCACUCGUUCUCUCCAGCAAUGGAAAAUCAUAUCUCUUCCGUGGGCAACAACGGCACUCUGGAGUACAAGUGCACUCUUCCCCCCAUGCCCAUCUCUCCUGGAAGGUACUCCCCCCUCCCAAAACACUUACUCGGGGAAGAGGACAUUAACAGGUUGGAUGGUUUUUCCUUCUUACGAAAUGCCUCGAUAGAUGACGGGGAGGCUCACAGGUUUGAGUCGCAGCACUUCCAGUUGAGGCCUCCUGAGCCAGUUUACAGCACUGUGAACAAAGCACCUUCUCCCCACCACUAUUCCCCCGUGGAGUGCGACAAAAGCCUCCUUCACUCCAUACCCUUCCCUCACUAUCACUUAGGCCUGCUCCCUGACUUCGAGAUCACCAGGGAUCCCAGGAGGAUGGUCCUCCACAAGGGCUCCACAGGCCUGGGAUUCAACAUCGUGGGUGGGGAGGACGGAGAGGGCAUCUUCGUCUCCUUCAUCCUGGCGGGAGGGCCUGCCGACCUGAGCGGAGAGCUGCGGAGGGGAGACCAGAUCCUGUCGGUUAAUGGCAUCGACCUACGCGGGGCCACCCACGAGCAAGCGGCUGCAGCACUAAAGGGGGCGGGCCAAACUGUCACCAUCAUUGCUCAGUACAGGCCCGAGGAGUACGGGCGUUUCGAGGCCAAAAUCCAUGAUCUGCGGGAACAGAUGAUGAACCAUAGCAUGAGCUCUGGGUCCGGAUCCCUCCGAACCAAUCAGAAACGCUCCCUUUACGUCAGGGCACUGUUCGACUAUGAAAAGGCCAAAGACAGUGGACUCCCGAGCCAGGGCCUCAGCUUCAGGUAUGGGGACAUCCUCCACGUCAUCAAUGCCUCAGACGAUGAAUGGUGGCAGGCCCGGAGGGUGACCCCUGAUGGGGACAGCGAAGAGAUGGGGGUCAUCCCCAGCAAAAGGAGGGUUGAGAGGAAAGAACGAGCUCGUCUAAAGACAGUGAAGUUCAAUGCCAAACCUGGAACAAUUGAUUCCAAAGGGUCAUUCAAUGACAAGCGUAAAAACAACUUCAUCUUUACACGAAAGUUCCCAUUCUACAAGAACAAGGAGUUGGGUGAGCAGGAUGGCAGUGAUUCAGAACGGAGUCAAGAGGACAUGAUUCUCUCCUAUGAGCCUGUCAUUCGACAAGAGAUUAAUUACGCCAGACCCGUCAUAAUCCUUGGACCAAUGAAAGACAGAAUCAACGACGACCUGAUAUCCGAAUUCCCUGACAAAUUUGGCUCCUGCGUGCCACAUACCACUCGGUCGAGGAGGGACUACGAGGUCGAUGGGCGGGACUACCAUUUUGUAAUGUCCAGAGAGCAGAUGGAGCAGGACAUCCAAGAGCACAAGUUCAUUGAGGCGGGCCAGUACAACGACAAUCUAUAUGGAACCAGUGUUCAGUCGGUCAAAUAUGUGGCUGAGAGGCAGGGUAAACACUGCAUACUGGACGUGUCAGGGAAUGCCAUAAAACGACUACAAGUAGCACAACUCUAUCCCAUUGCCAUCUUUAUAAAACCUAGGUCCAUUGAUUCAUUAAUGGAGAUGAAUAAGAGAUUAACAGAAGAGCAGGCCAGGAAGACAUUUGACCGUGCCAUGAAGUUGGAGCAGGAGUUUGGCGAGUUUUUCACAGCCCUUGUUCAAGGAGACACCUUAGAAGACAUUUAUAACCACUGCAAAAUGGUGAUAGAGGAGCAUUCAGGACCCUACAUCUGGAUCCCAUCAAAAGAGGAAUUAUGAGAACACACCACUUUGGCAGGGAUAUUGGACUGCUAGAUUCACAACAUACGUUGUAACAUAUGUUCAACUGUAAUGGUAAAUAAUAUUGUUCAUAAUUAUAGCCAAUUAAUAUGAUUUUUUUCUUAUAGUUUCUUUUUUUUCCACUUUCAAUAUGAAUGUUCCUGAAUGUACACCACAACGUUUAAGAAACAUUUUUGGCCUAAACAAUUUUACUGUUUGUAUAUUUCAUGUUUUUAUUUUAAAAAAUGCUAAGGAAAUUUAAUAAACAAGGGCAUGUGUUCACGUCGAAACUGCGUGGAAUUUCAAAUGAAUAUUCGAAGAUCGCCACGCCAAUGAAGGAGGGGAAGGAAAUAAUAUCAGCUUCUUUUGCUUUUCUCCACGCAACAGCAGCACUUUGUGUCCUCCGACACUCACCUCACAUCACUAGUUGACAUUUUGUGUGACUUUAGCAUCUAUGGCCCUUGGACACAGGUCAUCGUAAUCCGCCUAUUUUUACAUUCUUAUUAUUUUUUAUUAUUUUGUGAAUCCAGAUUUGUUUGAAAAUGUUUCUUUGAAUAAGAAUUCUCCUCAACUGUAUUGUUUUUUUGUUGUUGUGCGGAUUAUUUCUUAAAAAAUACAAUUAUUGUUAAGAUGCUUUGAUUAGAAUGAAGAAUUAAGGGGGAAAUCUACAUUUACGUGUAGGAAAUGUGACAUUAUAUUUUGCUAUUUAUAUUGAUAGAGAGCACAACAGCACAAAGUAUUUAUUAUGAAGAUAUAUAACUUUGAUUAAAAAAUAAAUAAAAAAUCUGAUCUUAA